AUGACUCUUGUGCAAUCUCCCGAGGUAGUUCUUCCCUCGCUGGCGAAGAUCGGACCCACUUCGGAAUCAAUUAAGGGUCCUUCGGACUUGAAUGGACCAACGACUAUAACGGUGGAGAGUGAUAUCAGCGGGUUAUCAGAAAAGAUUGAGAAGAUCCGAUUUGAACUAGAGGAGCACCCAGUGGAUGUAGUGCGACCCAUCAAGGUUGGGAUUAUCGGCGCAGGUCUGGCAGGGAUUACCGCGGGCGUGUUACUCCCUGCGAAAUUGCCGGGACUUGAUCUUCGAAUUUAUGAUAAAAAUGCCGAUGUGGGAGGCACAUGGUUCGAGAAUACAUAUCCCGGGGUUCGAUGCGAUAUCCCUGCACAUGUAUACCAAUCCAGCAUCUCCCCAAAUACUCAAUGGACAGAAGAAUUUGCUCAGGGAGAUGAGAUUAGACAAUACUGGCAGGGUGUGGCACGGAAACACAAUGUGUACCAAUACCUUCGCGCGGGACAGAGAGUGCAGAAGGCCGAAUGGCAGCCCGAGAAAGGGAAAUGGAAUGUCACUGUGGAACAUGUAGAUGGCUCAAAGAUUUAUGAGGAAGAGCUAGACGUGGUGAUCAACGCCAUCGGUCACUUUAAUGCCUGGAAGCUACCGGACUACGAAGGAAUCAACGACUACAAGGGAUCCCUGUUCCAUUCGUCGAACUGGGAUCCAAGUAUCGAUCUGAAGGGCAAGCGGAUUGCUCUUAUUGGAAAUGGCGCUUCCGGCUUGCAGGUCCUACCAUCCAUUCAACCAUUUGCUAGCCACGUUGACCACUACGCCCGGAAUCCAACCUGGAUUGCAGAUUCAUUCAGCAGCGGAAACGUGGGAGUCCGUCGACUGGAGCCAAAUUUGUUCUCCGACUCACAGCUAGCGACAUGGAAAGAUCCAAAGGCGUAUUUGGAAUACAGACGGGAUGUCGAAAAGGGAUAUUUCCAGCGCUUUGGGGCAAUUUUCAAAGACACGCCUGAAAACAACGAACUACGUGAGAAAUGGACCGCCCUGAUGCUCCAGCGUAUUGCAGGCAAGCCGGAAUUAGCAGAAAAGAUCAUCCCAGACUUCCCCCGGCAUACGCGCAUCAAGAGAUUUACCGAGAAAGGCAUUGUAACCGAGGACGGGGUGGAGCGAGAAGUGGACAUCACAAUCUGCGCAACAGGCGCCAACGUCGAUCACGCACCCCCAUUCUCCAUCAUCGCCGACGGAGUCGACCUCAAGAAAGCCUGGAAACACAACGGCAAAUUCGGGUUCCCGUACUCAUACCUGGGUUUCGCAACCCCCGGAUUCCCUAACCUCCUCUGGCUCGGCGGUCCAUACUCAUCAGGACACAGCGGGACAGUGCCGAACAACAUCGAGAACCAAGUGACAUACAUCGCAAAAGUGCUGCGCAAGAUUCGCACACAGGGGAUUAAAACCAUUGUUCCUGCGAAGCAAGCAACUGAUGACUUCGUUGAGUACUGCGACCAGUUCUACCCGCGCACUGUUUGGUCAGCGAACUGUAGCUCGUGGUAUAACGGUGGCAAGCCAGGGUCUCGUAUCCAUGGUCUCUUCCCUGGUAGUGCGUCCCAUUCAAAUUAUAUUCGUCGGGAUCCGCGCUGGGAAGAUUGGGAGUAUACCUAUGUUAAUCAGAGUGGGAAUCGGUUUGCUUACUUUGGGAAUGGGUGGACUUCAAAAGAAUUGACUCCUAAUGCGGAACUGACGCCUCAUCUGAGACUGCCGGAGGAGAUUGAUUUGAAGUCUCAUAUGGAGGGAUGGUGGGAUGUUUGA